UCCUUAUUCUCUCACUCUCACACUCUCUGUCACACACACUUCCAUACACAUUUCCUUCUUCUUUCUCUCUCCUCUUUUUUUUGUUUGCCUAUUUCUUCAAUCAAAUCUAGGGUUCUAAUCCCCAAUUUUUCAUCCCCCAAUCUCCAUUUUUCGAUCGAUUUUUCACCUUUUUCAAUUCCAGAUCUACCGGAUAAAUAAGAAUAGAGGAUCCGGUCAUGAUCGUCUGAUUUAAACAGUUAAAGUGGAAUAAUCUUACCUGAAAAAUACUUGGUGGUAAGAUGAGAGGGAGAUCUGAUGAAGUACAAAAGAAGCGCUUGGUCACUGCUUUAGUGAGUGCAGCAGUUGUCCUUUGUUUUCUGUAUGUAUACCAGGGAUCUAUUUUUGGUUCACAAAGUAGUGGUGCAACAGCUUUAGAGUAUGGAAGCAAAUCUUUGAGAAAAUUGGGUUGGGGUGGGGAUGAAGAUGCAGAUGAUAUCUCCUCCAAGUUUUCCCUGGACGAUGCAGAUGAUGGUAUUAUGGUUAAAAGCUUCCCUGUCUGUGAUGAUCGGCAUUCGGAAUUGAUUCCAUGUCUGGACAGACAUCUGAUAUACCAACUGAGAUUGAAGUUGGACUUGUCUUUGAUGGAACACUAUGAAAGGCAUUGCCCUCCUCCAGAAAGGCGCUACAAUUGUUUGAUUCCUCCGCCUCAUGGGUACAAAGUCCCGAUCAAGUGGCCUAAAAGUAGAGAUGAAGUGUGGAAAGCUAAUAUACCUCACACUCACCUUGCUCAUGAGAAGUCUGAUCAAAAUUGGAUGGUUGUUAAAGGUGAAAAAAUUGUAUUUCCUGGUGGAGGUACUCACUUUCAUUAUGGUGCUGGCAAGUAUAUUGCUGCAAUGGCAAAUAUGCUCAACUUUUCAAACAAUGUCAUUAACGAUGAAGGCAGGCUGAGGACUGUUCUUGAUGUGGGGUGUGGUGUUGCAAGUUUUGGAGGUUAUCUUCUCUCAUCUGAUGUCAUAACUAUGUCCUUGGCACCAAAUGAUGUUCACCAGAACCAAAUCCAGUUUGCCUUAGAGAGAGGAAUUCCUGCUUAUCUUGGCGUUUUAGGCACAAAGAGAUUACCAUAUCCUAGCCGGUCGUUUGAACUUGCUCACUGCUCUCGAUGUAGAAUUGAUUGGCUUCAAAGGGACGGUAUACUUCUUCUUGAAUUAGAUAGGGUGCUGAGACCAGGAGGCUAUUUUGCCUACUCUUCUCCUGAAGCAUAUGCUCAGGAUGAAGAGGAUCUUAGGAUAUGGAGAGAGAUGAGUGCUCUUGUGAAGCGGAUGUGUUGGAAAAUAGCUGCAAAAAAAAACCAAACUGUCAUUUGGGUCAAGCCUUUGAACAAUGACUGCUACUUGCAGAGGCGCGCUGGUACUCAACCUCCCCUUUGCCGAUCAGAUGCUGACCCAGAUGCUGUUUUAGGUGUGAAUAUGGAAGCAUGUAUCACACCAUACUCUGAUCAUGAUCACAAGGCUGGUGGAGGUGAGUUGGCACCCUGGCCUGCUAGAUUGACUUCUCCUCCUCCUCGGCUUGCAGAUUUUGGCUAUUCAAAUGACAUGUUUGAAAAAGAUACGGAUAUGUGGGGUCGUAGAGUUGAGAAUUACUGGAACCUUUUAAGUCCCAAGAUCCAGUCUGAUACUAUAAGGAAUGUGAUGGAUAUGAAGGCACAUUUAGGAUCAUUUGCUGCUGCUUUGAAGGAUAAGGAUGUCUGGGUAAUGAAUGUUGUUCCAGAAGAUGGACCAAACACUCUUAAGGUUGUAUAUGAUCGUGGUCUUAUUGGGGCAGCUCACAACUGGUGUGAGGCCUUCUCAACAUAUCCUAGGACUUAUGAUCUACUCCAUGCCUGGAACAUCAUCUCUGACAUCGAGAGGAAAAGCUGUAGCCCUGAGGAUCUUCUACUUGAGAUGGAUCGAAUUCUCAGGCCUACUGGUUUUAUUAUUUUCCGAGACAAACAGUCCGUAGUGGACUAUGUAAAGAAAUACAUGUCAGCUUUGCAUUGGGAGGCAGUUGGAACAAGCGAUUCAAGUUCAGAUUCAGAUCAGGACGGGGAUGAAGUUGUAUUUAUUGUUCAAAAGAAGCUUUGGCUCUCAAGUCGAAACUCCAGGGAUGAAGAAUAAGCAAGUCCAAACACAAAGGUUCUGCUCUAUGCGCUCCUAAAUGUUCCAUCCGCUAGCCAUCAGUUCAGUUACAUCCUGUAGAAUUAACUUGAAAUUAUUUUAUUGUAUCCUGUUAUCGGCCUUUUUUGGUUAAGUUUUUUGUUUUACAAUUUUUUCCCCCUCUAUUUUAGUCUUGAAUGUAUUACCACUUAGGUUUUAGUUGAUUAGCCCAUAGACAAGAAAGCAUCUAUAGGCUACGAGUAUUUCUUAUUGGUUUAUUCCUCGAUAUAUGUUUUGAGCUUACUUACAUAUACUUUGGCCAUUCAUUAGUAAUUGUAACAAGACACUAUACUGCUGAAGUACACAAGGGGAUAUAAAUUUUAUAUACUACGUAUUGGCUUAAUAAGAAUGUCAUUAUUGUAUU